CUAAUGGAUUUUGGCUGGGAAUGAAGGAGAGGGGAGAAGGGAAGGAGAGGAGAGCGGGUGGUCAAAAGAAAAGUUGGCGGGGCAAAGAAAGCUAAGUAAAUUUUGCGAUGCAGUUGUAAAAAUGUUGCCUGCAACUUGCAACUGCUGCUGCUAUAUAAUCUCAUAAAAUAUUUAAAUCAAGCAAUAGUUUAACAUUAACAACCCUUCAGACAGGGCCAGGCGACAAGCAUCUCAGCCAGAUGGAGCUAGGACCUUGGCAGCACAAAAGGAAAUUAAAACGAAAGGAUAUCCAUAUAUGAUUUAAAUUGGCAACUGAGUGUAACACAUACGGAUACGUAACGAAGGAGAAGAAGAAGUACCAGAAGGAGUAGAAGAGAGAGAGAGACAUGGAUAAAGUGUGUGUAUGAAAUGAAAUAAACACAAGUUACAUUAAUUACUCUAAUUAAACAAAAUGCUACAGAUAUUCAUCAUCGUCGUCGUCUGCUUUGCCUUGCCUUUGCCCCUCUUCCUUAUUUGACAUGGGAAACAAAUUCCAGGAUAUCUAUUUGCCAGCAUCUGAUAGCCAAGUUUUAUGUCGUUGCCCGAAGAGCUCCGGAAAGAGACAUCGACGACGACGACGACAUUGGCAACGGGUUACAAGUUCAACAAAACUCUUGCUGCAGCUGGUAAAAGUUUUACUUUUAAUUACUUUGUGUUCAUCAUUAGUGCCGGGCGGUGUGGCAAAGCGGGCACGUAAAUCAUCACAUGGCAAACGUUUCGUCAUCCAUGUGCCGCUGAAGAUACGUACCCAUCAUCACAUGCACACGGUGUAUACCCAUUUGCAGGGAGGGGGCGGAGAAGGGGGUGGAAAGAAUUCUCAUGGAGGUGGUGGUGGUGGUGAUAGCUCCAAGGGUGCCACCAAACAGACAAUCUAUAAAAUAAUGGGUUAUUCGACUCAUCACACCAGUGCGGGGCCAGGUGGAGGAGGAGGCGGCGGAGGUGGCCGUGGUCGUGGCUUUGGCCAUGGUUAUGGCCACAGUUUUAGACAAGGUCACCGUGGUGGUGGCGGCCCCGCUGAAGGUUAUGGUGAAAUUAAUUACGAUGAUUACCCCAAUACUAGUUGUGCCAGUGGAGGUGGUGGCGGAGGAAUUCCCGAAGACUCCCUUGCCCAUGGCGACAUGAUAUUCAAUCAUUAUUCCAGACAGGACGAUGAAGAUGAUUAUCCCGAUUUAGAAGAACUAAUCGAAGAGGAGGAUGAACAUGAGGGUGAUGAAUGGUUGGAAUAGCAACUAAUCAAUGUUUAUUGAUUUCCCAUGGACGUGUGCUAUCGAACUUACUCUAUAUUCCUUUGGUGAGAAUAUGUUAUAGUUACCUAGAAAGAGAGAAAAAAGGAAUGGAAAAUAAUUUAUUGAAACGGAUAAGG